AUGGGUGAAGGAGAAUCAAAUCUCGAUCAUGGGUUUGCAACUAGAUUUCUUGCCUAUGUGACUCUACCUUUCUUGCGCAAAACAUCCAUAUGUUGGUUUAUAACCCUCGUUAAAGAAGAAGGAAUGACGCGUUCUGCAGCAGGUGAAAUUCGCCUUCUUGCCAAGAGGAAUGCUGACAAUCGUGUGGCAAUUGCUGAAGCUGGUGCCAUUCCUUUGCUCGUCCAACUUUUAUCAACACCUGAUUCCCGCACCCAGGAGCAUGCUGUUACUGCACUUCUUAACCUUUCCAUUUGCGAGGAUAACAAGGGAAGUAUUGUAUCUUAUGGGGCUGUGCCUGGUAUAGUUCUUGUGCUCAAAAAGGGUAGCAUGGAAGCACGGGAAAAUGCGGCAGCCACCCUAUUUAGCCUCUCAGUAAUAGAUCAAAAUAAGGUUACAAUUGGUGCUUCCGGAGCAAUUCCACCACUUGUCACACUUCUAAGUGAAGGUACACAAAGGGGGAAGAAGGAUGCCGCAACGGCACUCUUCAACUUGUGCAUAUAUCAAGGUAACAAGGGAAAGACCAUUAGGGCAGGAGUCGUCCCUACUCUGAUGCGGCUGCUUACCGAACCUCAAGGUGGCAUGGUGGAUGAAGCACUUGCUAUACUGGCAAUAUUGGCUAGUCACCCAGAAGGGAAGGCAGCUAUUGGAGCUGCACAGGCAGUACCUGUUCUAGUCGAUGUCAUCGGGAAUGGAUCCCCGAGGAACAAAGAAAAUGCGGCUGCUGUUUUGGUGCAUCUCUGCUCAGGAGACCAACAAUACCUUGUUGAGUCUCAGGAACUCGGAGUAAUGGGUCCGCUACUUGAUUUGGCAGCAAAUGGCACAGAAAGGGGAAAGCGCAAGGCUGCCCAAUUGCUUGAGCGGAUGAACAGAUUUGUCGAAACACAAAAGCAGGCCCAGGCCCUGGCCCAGGAGCUAGCUGAUACUCAGGUUCAAACCCAAUCUCAGGACCAAAUGUCACAGCCACCCUCAUCGACUGAUGCUGUCAAUAUUUAAGUGUUCUUGAUCCUUUUCUGUUUUCUUUAGUUGGAUUUGUUUAUUUUCCUUUUCCUUUUCUGAGUAUUGAAGCCUUCAAGGGGAUAUAGAUUGGUUAGAAAGGGAAGGUGGAAGAUCACCACUCCCAUCUAUUACAGGCCAAGCUAUAAGGACAUGACAUGAAGGUCACCUUUGUAAUUUAUACAAGUGUAAACAUCCUCAGUUUUUUAUUGGAGAAGUUUGAUGCUUCAAAAUCUUGUGUGGUCCUUAAA